AUGGAGAAAACAAAAUUACACAAAGAAUGGCAGAUUUGGAAAAGAUCGUUGGAAUAUUAUUUCGAGGCGGAGGACAUUACCGAUCAGAAACGAAAACGAGCUAAACUUCUGCACCUCGGCGGGCCUCAGUUACAGGCGUUAUUCCAGUCGCUUCCAAACAGCGAGCGAUUUGCAGUGGUAUCUCUGGAGAAGGCAUACUAUGAUGUGGCCAUCCAAUCAUUCGAUGAUUUUUUUCAACCGGGACAACAAGACGUCUUGGAGCGCCAUAAUUUACGGAGGAUGAAGCAACAAGAAGGCGAAAGGUUUGCCGAGUUCGUUAUCAGGAUUAGACAACAAAUAAGUGAGUGUGGUGUUGACAAGUUCGAACCGAGCGUUUCAAAGAUCCUUACGGACAUCAUGCUAACGGAUACCAUAGUAGAGGGUUGUGUGUCAGACGAGCUGCGGAAACAGAUUUUGCAGAAGGAUCGCUCAUUAGAGGAAAUUGAAGAAAUCGGAAAGUCACUAGAGGGAGUGCAAAGACAAUUGAAGGAUUUUGGAUCAACCCGAGAACAAUUGAAUCAACACGAGCGUGUGUACGAUAUUCAGGCCAAACGGCGGUAUCAACCCCCAAACUCGAAGACAACUGGAGACUUCCAACUUAAGUCCAAGAAUUCUGAAAUAAAAUGUUUUAAAUGUGGGCUUUUUGGACAUAUAUCCACGGACACACGAUGUCCUGCCAGAGGAAAACGAUGUAAGCGUUGCAAUAAACCAGGGCAUUUUGAAGUCCGAUGUCGAAUGCAGGCUAAAGCGCCUUUUUCUGGGAAGGCAGAGGCGACAGACGCCAAGAGGAUUCGGGUGAUUGAUCAUGCAGCUCAAGACGUGCAAGGUACUCGAGAAUCAAAUGCGAUUGAGUCUAGUGAAUCGUCUACGAUUAACUUACCAAAAACAUAUUACGCUUUCUAUUCGGGGAACGAGUCUAAUAUGGUUACAUGCGUGAUUGGUGGAGUUUCACACCAGAUGUUGGUAGACUCUGGAGCAGAAGCAAACCUGAUUACCGAUUUUGAUUGGGAGAAAUUGAAGUCAUCGGGAAUCGAAGUGAUCAGCUGUAAAAAAGGAACUGACCGUGUGCUAAAGGGUUAUGCCAACUCGAUACCGCUUACGGUAUUAGGUACGUUUAAAGCAGUUGUCUGGGUUGGUACAAGAUCGGUGGUAGCCGAGUUUUUCGUGGUCCAGGGGGGACAACGCGCUCUUCUGGGAGACACUACAUCGAAACGUUUAGGAAUAUUGAAAGUUGGCAUGGGAAUAGAUCAGGUAACAGGAAAUUUUGAACCUCUUACUAAGAUCACUGGUGUUUGCGUGCAUAUCCACUUGGAUCCAAAUUUCAAACCAAUAUUUCAACCAAUGAGGAGAGUUCCGGUGCCACUAGAAGAAGCCGUUAACGACAAGCUUAAGGAGCUGAUGGCGAGGGAUAUCAUCGAAGAGAAGAAGGGGCCGGUGAGCUGGGUAUCUCCCUUGGUGGUGGUUGGGAAGGCGAAUGGUGAACCCAGGAUUUGCCUUGAUCUGAGAAGAGUGAAUGAAGCUGUUUUGAGGGAAAGACACCCAAUGCCAGUGAUCGAUGAUUUCCUUGCCAGAAUUGGACCAAAAAUGAUUCGUAGCAAACUAGAUGUCAAAGAUUCAUUUUUACAACUUGAACUGGAUGAAGUUUCGAGAGAUGCGAUGGUGUUUCUCACAGCACGGGGACUGUACAGAUUUAAGCGCAUGCCAUUCGGGUUGGUAUCGGCACCAGAGGUUUUUCAGAAAACAAUGGACGCGAUACUGGCUGGAUGUGAGGGGACCUGGUGGUACAUUGAUGACGUUUAUAUCGAAGGCAAGGAUAAAAAGGAGCAUGAUGAACGUGUCGAAAAGGUAUUGGCAAGAUUAAAAGCAUGGAACGUACAACUCAACUGGGACAACUGUAUAUUUGGAGUCGAGGAGCUCGAGUUUCUUGGUCAUAAGAUAACAAGUACAGGAGUAAUACCAUCAGAUGCUAAGAUAGAAGCUCUGGCUGCUUUCCGAAGACCUGAGAAUACUAACGAGGUACGCAGCUUUCUGGGGCUAGCCAACUACUUAAACCGUUUUCUACCAAACUUGGCCACGGUGGAUGCACCGCUAAGAAAUUUAACAAGAAAAGGAAACACGUUCAAUUGGCUAGCCGAACAUGAAAAUGCUUUCAACCAAAUCAAGACAACAUUGUCUAAUUCAUCUUCUCUGGGAUUUUAUCAACGAGAAGACAGAACACUGGUGAUGGCUGAUGCCAGUCCUGUUGGGCUUGGGGGCUUGCUCAUCCAGGUAGAUAAGCACGGUAAACACCGUGUAAUCAGUUUUGCUUCAAAAUCGUUAACGGACACGGAAAAAAGAUACUGUCAUACUGAAAAAGAAGCACUCGCGUUGGUGUGGUGUGUCGAAAAGUUCUAUAUUUAUUUGUACGGGUUGGAGUUUGAGAUUUUGACCGAUUGCAAGGCUUUAAUCUACUUGUUUACACCUCGGUCGCGACCAUGCGCCCGAAUCGAAAGGUGGGUACUACGCCUCCAAGGGUUUGAUUACUCAAUAACGCACAUACCCGGAGACCAAAACCAAGCCGACGUAUUAUCCAGACUGUCGACAUUAAAACCAGUGCCAUUUGACCAACGAGAAGAAGUAAUGAUUAGGGAGAUAACAGACUUUGCUGCGCACGCUGUGGCUGUUCCUUGGGAAGAAAUGGUGGAAGCUACCAAAUCGGAUACGGAAUUACAAACGAUUCUAGAGAUGGUUGAACAAGAUAAACGUGAUGAACUGCCAAUUGAGUUUCGGAUCUUCGCUAAUGAAUUAUGUAGAGUUGGAGACAUCCUAUUACGCGGAGAUCGUAUAGUAGUCCCUAGGAUACUGCGGGCCCGGAUUCUUCGUAUCGCUCACGAGGGGCAUCUGGGAACCUCAAUGAUGAAAUCAACGUUGCGUUUAUCGGUGUGGUGGCCCAAGAUGGACAGAGAUGUGGAGACUUUCGUCAGGAAUUGCCGUGGUUGUAUAUUGGUAUCAGCACCAGAUGCACCAGAGCCCAUGAUAAGGAAACAAAUGCCCGCAGGACCUUGGCAGGAAAUAGCCGUUGAUUUUAUGGGACCACUGCCUGAAGGUCAAUGGCUAUUCGUGGUAGUGGACUAUUACAGCCGUUUCGUAGAAGUUGUGGAAAUGAAGAAUACCACUGCUAUCGACACAAUACGAGAAUUAUCGACGAUAUUCGGUCGGUUUGGAGUCCCUAUCACAAUGAGAGCUGAUAACGGGCCCCAAUUGAGUAGUGAAUGUAAGGAGCUUAGGCAAUUCUGUGAAGAAUUAAAUAUUAAACUGGUGAACACGAUUCCGUACUGGCCUCAAGCGAAUGGAGAGGUAGAGCGUCAGAAUAGAAGCAUAUUGAAACGCCUACGAAUCGCGCAGGAAUUAGGCAAGGACUGGCGUUUAGAACUGAGAAAAUAUUUACUGGCAUACCAUUCUACAAUUCAUUCGACAACAGGAAAGACCCCUUCGGAGCUGAUGUUCGGGCGCAGGAUUAGAAAUAAACUGCCAUCGAUACCGGAGUACAAAGAAGAUGGGGAAGUUCGAGAUAGGGAUAAAAUCGUUAAGGAAAAGGGGAAGGAAUACUCCGACAACAAACGGAAGGCUCGUAGUAAUGAAAUUGAAGAGGGGGAAUAUGUCUACGUUAAACGACAGAGAAAGGAAAACAAAUUGGCUGCCGAUUAUUCUUCGGAGCUGUUCAAAGUAAUCAAACGAAUGGGUUCAGAAGUUAAAAUUAAAUCAUUAAUAUCAGGGAACGAAUAUAAACGUUAUGUAUCACAUCUUAAGAAAGCAGAAGUACAAGCACAGGAGACAGAUAGACGAUCAGAAUAUUCUCAAACAGGGUUACCAAUAAGGGCGGAAAAUUCUAACGCCGAGAAGGGUUCAGAAUAUCGAUUAGAUGGCCUUCGACAGGAUGAGUUUAGCGAAGAAUCGGCGCAUGAUGCAGGUGCUUUAGGGCCAGAUAAACGAAGACGUUUGGCUCCCAAGAGGUUCCAAGACUACGUGCCUUUUUAA